GUUGUCGGCAGUGAUCUGUUGAGCGGUGCAUCGAAGCGUUUCGUAAGUUCUGCACAAAUCAAAGUGAAACCCUUCAAAUUGCACAACGUGGAGUCGGGUCCAAACACUGAAGUUACUCUGACGCGUGACGACGCUCUCCAAAUUUAUACGCGGAUGAUGGUGAAAGGAGCUGCUGUGCACGCGUCCAAUAGUGCAGCUACUUUAAUCUAUGGACCACAUCAGCUCUACUGCUUGCGAAGCCCUCUGAUUCAUAUUCUGAUUUUUGUAUAUCUUGCGUCGAGUAGUGUGAAGCAAUAA